UUGCACAGGAUCGAGGAGGAUGUCGACAACAAGCAGUGUCCAGGGUUUGGAUGACGUCAGGAGAAAGGUGAAAAGGGAUUCUUCUGUGCGAUCUGUCAGGAAGGAGAAACGCUACAGGUGUGAGGAGUGCAGCGGGCAUUUUGGUCUGAUGGAUGCUCUGAAGACCCACAUGCGGACUCACACAGGUGAGAAACCUUACAAGUGUGAGGAGUGCAGCAAGCAGUUCAGCCUUUUCCAUCAUCUGAAGACCCACAUGCGGACUCACACAGGUGAGAAACCCUACAAAUGCAUGGAAUGCAGGAGGCAGUUCAGUCAGCUGAGUGCCAAGAACAAACACAUGCGGACUCACACAGGGGAGAAACCCUACAAAUGCAUGGAGUGCAGGAGGCAGUUCAGUCAGCUGAGUGCCAAGAACAAACACAUGCGGACUCACACAGGGGAGAAACCCUACAAAUGCAUGGAGUGCAGGAGGCAGUUCAGUCAGCUGAGUGCCAAGAACAAACACAUGCGGACUCACACAGGGGAGAAACCCUACAGGUGUGAGGAGUGCAGCAGGCAGUUCUGUCAGCUGAGUAAUUUGAAGACUCACAUGCUUACUCACACAGGGGAGAAACCCUACAAGUGUGAGGAAUGCAGCAAGCAGUUCAGUCGGCGGGACAGUCUAGAGAAACACAUGCGGAGUCACACAGGGGAGAAACCCUACACGUGUGAGGAGUGCAGCAGACAGUUCAUUCAGCUGGGUAAUCUGAAAAGACACAUGAGGACUCACACCGGUGAGAAGCCUUACAGAUGUGAGGAGUGCAGCAAGCAGUUCAGUCAGCUGGGUGCUCUGAAAAGACACAUACGGACUCACACAAAGGAGAAACCCUACAGAUGUGAAGAGUGCAGCAAGCAGUUCAGUCAUCUGGAUUCUCUGAAGACUCACAUGCGGACUCACACAGGAGAGAACCCCUAUAAAUGUGAGGAGUGCAGCAGAGAGUUCAGUAAUCUGAGUAAUCUGAACAAACAUAUCCGAACUCACACAGGUGAGAAACCCUACAAGUGUGGGGAGUGCAGCACGCAGUUCAGUCAGUUGUCGAAUCUGAAGAGUCACACGCGAACUCACACAGGGGAG